GGUCUGUCAAAUCAGUGGUCUGUUAUGUUUGUUUUGUUUGAGUGAGGCUAGGUUUUAUUUAAAACUUUCGUAUCAGAGCUUGCGAUGUGUUUAAGAAGGCAUAAAAGACAAAUCAGUAUCUAAUAGAACCCUUGAAUAUAUAAAAUACAAACUUUUUUACGUAAAUUGUAUUUGUGAACUUGUAUCUGUUAAUAACCUAGGUAGAAAACAAUGGCCCGUAAUGCAGAGAAGGCUAUGACAACACUAGCCCGAUGGCGUGCAGCACAAGUCCAAGAGGCUGGCGGACAGCGGGAACGAAGGCCAUACCUAGCUUCAGAGUGCAAUGACUUACCACAAGCUGAGAAAUGGCGUUUGCAAAUAGUUCGCGAAAUUGCAAAAAAAGUUGCGCAAAUACAAAACGCUGGUCUUGGUGAGUUUCGAAUACGAGAUUUGAACGAUGAAAUCAAUAAGCUUAUGCGUGAGAAACGCCAUUGGGAAGUACAAAUAAAGUCGCUGGGUGGUCCAGAUCAUGCGCGCGUCGGCCCCAAAAUGCUGGAUCAAGACGGCAAAGAAGUUCCAGGGAAUAGAGGAUACAAAUACUUUGGUGCAGCCAAAGAUCUUCCAGGUGUGCGCGAGUUAUUCGAGCAGGAGCCGCCGCCGGCCGCUCGACGCACGCGCGCCGACCUGAUGCGGGACGUGGACGCGGACUACUACGGGUACAGGGACGACGACGACGGACUGCUGCUACCGCUCGAGGCGCGCGCCGAGAAAGAAGCGAUAGCAAGAGCCGUGGAUGAAUGGAAAAGAAACAAAGAACAAAACAAGGAUCAAGAUUUACCAGAAGAGGAAAAUAUAUAUCCAGAAGAUCCUGAUGAUAAGAGAGCGGAUGACGAGGAAGGCCCGGUGAGUGCGGUGGCAGCGCACGUGGCGGUGCCCUCGCAGAAGGAUGUAGAAGAAGCGCUGCUUCGUCGUAAGAAGCAAGAACUACUAGAACGAUACGGUUGCCUUGACGUCAAGAUCGAACAAAGUUGACACCACCAAUAAUGUUGAAACAUAUUAUAACACUUAUUAC